AUGGCUGCGUCUUUCGCGACUCCGUCUUCGACGGCAAGCCCUUCGCCAUCCCCAUCGAGAAUGUGGUCCUCUUUGCCGCCCAGUACUGCACCAUCGUCACCACCCCCUGAAUCAGGCAAGACAACACCCAAGUCCGAGUCAGACGAGAACUCGAAUCCCUUUCUUUCUGCCACCUCAGGAGUGCCUGAGACACAGGCAGAGGCGGAUGACGAUGGUCUCACUGAAGACAGGUACACGCGUUUGAAGAGCAUUCUCGACCGCAGUGUCGCCUACAGCGCGCUCCUGAAACAACAGAUGGAGGAUGUUCGGCGAAGAACUGCGGAGGAGGAGCGAGCCAAACGACCGACCAAGCGAGUUCGUCGGGGGCGACAGUCUACAACUGUCACCGAAGAAGUGGAACAGCAGACCCCCAACGAGAACGUCGUACAGCAACCAGCACUUGUAACUGGUGGUCGUUUGAAGGACUAUCAACUCGAAGGACUGGCGUGGAUGAUCGGCUUGCACAGUCAGGGCAUUUCUGGUAUCUUGGCCGACGAGAUGGGCUUAGGAAAGACGUUGCAAACUAUCGCGUUCACGGCCUACUUGCGCGAAAAGAUCACUCGCCCUAUUCUCAUUGUUUGUCCUCUCAGCGUCAUGCAUAACUGGAUUUCAGAGUAUAACCGAUUCGCCCCAAAAAUUCCCGUUUUGAUGUACCACGGAACACCAGACGAUAGAGCGGAAAUGCGCAAAACCUAUCUAAGCCUCCCUGAAGACUAUCCUCCGAAAGGGAGAGCCCACAAUGUUGCUCCCCCUCCGCCGAAGAAGGGUAAAGGCAAUACCAAAGGCCGGAAACGCAAAGCUCCUCAGCAUGAACAACCAGAGGCCCAGCACGAACAAACCCCUGCAGAGAAGGCUCUUGAAAAGAAACACGACAACCACUUCAAACAGUUCCCAGUGGUUGUAACGACUUACGACCUGAUCAUUCGAGACCGAAGCAAGUUGGACAAGAUCCCUUGGGGUUACAUUGUCGUGGAUGAAGGUCAUCGUCUCAAGAACAUGGACUGCGCCUUGGUUCGUGAGGUCAAACGUUAUCAAAGCGCGGGGAGGAUGAUUCUUACGGGAACGCCGUUGCAUAACAAUCUCGCUGAACUCUGGUCCCUUCUCAACUUCAUCCUACCCGAUAUAUUUAGUGACCUCGACGCGUUCCAAGAAUGGCAGGUUAUUCUUCAGCUUUCCUUGCGCUUUCUAACAUUCAUUGGAAGGUUCUCCCUUCCUCGCAUGUCUGCACAGCUACAAUCCGAACGUAUGAGCCAGUUCGUCAGCACAAUGCACACUAUCCUCAAGCCCUUUUUGCUACGUCGUGUUAAGGCUGAUGUCUUGGGAAACGCUCUGCCGCCGAAAAAAAACUAUGUUCUCUACGCGAAGCUGAGCGAAGCGCAAAAAGAGGCCUAUGAGGCUGUCUUGUCAGGGGAUUUGAGGAGUUGGGUCGCUGGGGGUGCCGCAUCGGCGUUAAAAGAGCCUCAAGAGCCAGUCACCGAAGUAGAUCUCGACAGUCCGCGAAAACUUCGAGCUCGAGGCUCGAAAGGAAAGCAGGCGAUUGAUCCAGUCGAACUGGAGCGCAAACGAGCAGAAGAAGCUGCAGCCUUCGCAAGGAAACGUGUCGCGAAACACGUCAAUAACAUGCAUCUUCAAAAUACCGUGAUGCAGCUCCGCAAAGUAUGCUCACAUCCAUUCUUGUUUGCUCGGGGCGAUGAUGAUCAAUGGGGGAUGACACAACGCCUAACGCCAACGGAACUAGCUGCUCGUGAAACUGCACUUUUGAACGCGAGUGGCAAGAUGCUGCUCCUCGACCGUUUGCUGGGCGAAUUGUUCCGCAGGGGACACAAGGUUCUGUUGUUUAGUCAGUUCACGACGAUGCUGGAUAUCUUAGAGGAUUGGGCAGUCGACAUGAAGGGUUGGAAGAUUUGCCGGAUCGACGGCGACACUCCGCCACUUGAGCGACGUGACCAGAUGGAUAUUUUCCAGAACGGUGGUGAUGCUCCGGACGCACCCAAAUUGUUCCUGCUCAGCACGCGUUCUGGUGGCCUGGGUGUCAACCUAACUGCGGCGGAUACUGUCAUUUUCUACGACCAAGACUGGAACCCGCAAAUGGACAUUCAAGCGCAAGACCGCGCGCACCGAAUUGGGCAGACGAAGCCUGUGCUGAUCUUCCGACUGAUCACUGCGCUCACCGUUGAGGAGAAGAUCAUGCAAAAAGCGGGGGAGAAGAGGAAGCUGGAAGCUCUCGUUAUUGCGAAGGGCAAGUUCAAGAUGCCGACCCACGAGGGUGCCGCCAAAGAGCACAAAACGUCUAUGGCGGAGAUGGCUGCUGAGCUUUUGCGGCUGACGGCGGAGACGGAUGUUGACAACGUGCUACAUGCGGGCGAUGUCGUGCUGAGUGACGCGGAUAUGGAUGCCUUGUUGGACCGCUCGCCCGAGGUGUUUGCGGGCCGUGGAGAGGGUUGGCAGUCAGGGAGCGGCCAGAAAGAUACCAACGGCAAGAGUGCCUUUGCGGUGUUUGAGCCUGCUGUGGAUGAAAGUGGGGAGGGAAUGGGUGUGGGUGUCGGGCUGGAGGGGAUUAUGGGUGAGACAGAAAGUUCUGAUGAUGAUGAGGAGUCUGAGUGA